AUGUUCCAACUCUACCGACGGCUCAAAUGGAUCUAUCAAAAGUUCAAAGUCAGCACAUGGCUACCGUUUGUCGCUCUAGUCUCCUAUACGGUAUUUGGUGCAUUUCUGUUCAAAUCGUUCGAGAUGGAUGUCGAUCAACGUAAACGAGAGAGCUAUCGGAAUCGAACAGUCUACGCCAUGAACCAAGUGAGUCGAAAGUUUCUCAUCUUGACCCUCUGA